AUGUCAUCUGAUUCAAGUGAUGUAAAAGAUCUGAUAACGAAAGCAGAAAAAUGCUUAAAAACAUCAUUAUUAAAACGCACUCCUGAUUAUGAUGGUGCAAUUGACUAUUACAGUAAAGCAGCACUGAUUUUCAGAAAUCGUAAACAGUUGAAAGAAGCUGCUGAAACGUAUAAAAAGGUUGCUGAAUUACACUUUAAGCAUGGAUCUUAUUUUCAUUGUGCAAAAAAUUAUGAAACAGCAUCUCUAAUGUAUCGUGAUUUAAAGGAUUUUUCACAAAUGGCAUCAUUAAUUGCUGAAGCAGGCCUAUUAUUACGUCGUAAUGGUACACCUGACUCAGCAUCCUAUGUUUAUGAACGUGCUGCAAAAUGUCUUGAAGAACCGCUACCAGAAAAAGCUGCAGAAUUUUAUGAAAAAUCUGCUGAUGCCUGUGAGAUAGAAGAGAAAUUUCACGAGGCUGCAUCUCAGGCGAACAAUGCUGCUCGUUUAUGGGUUCGAUUGAAACGUUUCAACGAUGCUGAACGACUGCUUCGUCUAUACAUUGACUACAUAACAAGAGGUCAUUCAGAUUCUUCUGCUAGCGUGGCUAGUGGUUUCAGUGAUACAAAUGCUGCUGCAAAACUAUGCGGUCGUGCAGCAACUGUCCUUGUACUGAUUAAAUUGUAUAUGGAGGAUGAAGUGGCAGCCAAUAAAAUUUUCAAUGAAGCUGUCCAGCGAUGGAGGUUUUCAGAAGCUGAAGAAUACUUUGCAGUAAAACGGUUACUUGUUGCUGUUGAAAAUAUGGAUAAAAAAGCGUGUUUACUGGCUAUAAAGGAUCAGUGUUUUCGAAUUCUUGAUCUAGAUUAUGCACGUUUAGCAAAAGAAAUCAAAUUCCCCUAUCCUGACAAUGCUGAAGAAACACAGAAUACAAGUACCAAUAAUAAUAAUGUCGGCCUACCAAUGAUGAACACAGGGAAUACUGGCUGGAGUACUUCAGCUGAAGCCAAUCCAACUACUGCUACUACUACUACUACAGACAAACAAUAUAAAGAUAACAACCAGUCAGAGGGAGUAGGUGGUGGUGAUGGCGGUGAACAAGAAGAUGAAGAGGAUAUCUGCUAG